AUAAUGAUUCUAAUUGUAGUUAAUUUUUCCUUUGUGUCAUCGAUGAUCAAACUCUGACAGACUUCAACUGGUUUUUGUUUUUGUUUCUUCUUCUUCUUCUUCUUCUUCUUCUUCUUCUUCUUCUUCUCUGUGGAGACGUGUUCUAAACAGUUCUAACACACCGGCACCAGGGUGAUUUGUGUGGAGACAUCUGCAGGGACCACGACUGUAUCUUUUCCAGGAGAAGACAGAUGGGAGGUCUUUAAAAAGGGCUGUCUGUCAGCUGAGCCUCUGAGUCGGGGUUUGAACCGACCCAGUGAAGGAGGAGCACACCAGGCAGCGCUUUGAAGAACGGCGCCGCAUGACAAAGUGUCAACCGGACUUUCUGUGGAGCGGAACUAAACCAAUGAAGAGGAUCUGUUCGCUUCAAUGUAUGUGAUAGAGGAGUCUGGUACUUUCCACAGUCAAAGCCGUACCAGAUGACCAUCCCUGGGCCACCCCUGGUCCACAGCGAAGCAAAGUUGCAGGUGAAGUAUCUGUUUGUGCUAAUGUUCCUGAGCGUCCCUGUGACCAUGGCCGAGGGUCCCGGUCCGUGCCGUCACUCCAUCACCAGGGAGCACCUGCUCACAGUCAGGAACCUGAUGGACAACCAGCUGAGGAGCGGCUGCUCCAUCACCUACACCUUCAUCGAGCGGAGAAGUCUGAGCAAGUGCUGCUUCGUCAAAGCCGCCCUGCCCUGGAUCCUGGAGCUGCUCAGCACACACUUCAGAUACAACCGCCGUUCAGUCAACUACGGCUACGUUCAGUCCAUCCGAGCGCUGGUUCUCAACAUUUAUUCUCAGAAGUGCGUUCCCCAGAUCAACGAGGAGGUCGAGGAUAAGCCCGAGAGUUUUGAGACGCUCUACCGGGGGUCUCCAGCAGAGGCGCUGCAGAGAGCGGCAGAGGUGCUGUCCGUUUACUGGGAGCUGGUCAGUACCAGCAGCGCACCAGUGGACUGGAGAUGUCAGCACGAGUACACGGAACCAUUCAGUUCCACCACAGAGUUCUACACAGAGACCCCAGAGUAUUUGACAGACAGUUAUGACAGGAAGUCGGCGAAGGCGUCUCAGAGAAGACCAGUCAAAAACCUGUACACACCAGGACUCGUCCUCGUCUCCGUCAGUGUUGGACUCCUGUUCGUCCUCAUCGUCUACUGUCUCAUCAGACCAAAGAGAACGUUGGAGCGUCACAGGUCACAGAGCUCAAACCAAAGAGAACUGCAGGACAUGGAGAUGGACACUCAGUAAACGUGGACAGAGCUGAGUCACCGCUGCAGAACCAGUGAAACCAGUGAAACCAGUCCAUCAUCCAGAUUGAAAUCUCACUCUCCGGUGUAAUAUAUCACGCUCACCUAUUUAAUCAGCAGCUGCACAAAGACCAAAGGCUCAUGGGAGAUACUGAGAUACUAGAGUGUAUAUUGUGUAUAUGAGUAUGUGUAUUUUUUUGCAGAUAUUACCUCAAGUUCACAAAAACUUUAUUUUUUCACUAAUGUUGAGUUGUGUGACUGUAUUUGCUGCCACAUAAUCCCGUGUUCGUACCGACAACCACUUUAUUUAUUAGUGUUACUCCAUGUUACAGCAGGAAGUCCUAAUAAAACAGUACUCACCAAA